AUGUCAACGACUUUGAAGAGACCUACCGCCCUCCAGCCUGGGGACCGAAUCCUGGUCACCGGCGCAAAUAGCUAUCUUGCUUCAAACAUCAUUGAUCUUUUACUAUCCCUAGGAUAUUUUGUACGAGGCACAAUCCGUACUGAGAAGCCCUGGCUUGAAGAGUACUUUACUUCAAAAUAUGGCGCCGGCAAGUUCGAAAGCGUCAUUGUCCCCGAUAUUACUCUCACAGAAUCCUUGGUGAAGGUAUUGGGUGAUAUUAGCGGGGUGGUGCACGUGGCUUCGGAUUUGUCUUUUAGUGCAGACGCAGACAAGGUCAUCAAUGGCGUUGUCAGGGCCACCCAGUCUGUUUUGGAAGCAGCUGCCGCCCAGAAAUCCGUCAAAAGAUUCGUUCUUACUUCAUCUUCCGCCGCGGCUACACUUCCAAGUGUCAAUAUCGAGGGUAACGUCGUCGAUGAGAAUUCCUGGAACGAUAAAGUUGUUAAACUUGCCUGGGAUGAGAAUGACGACCCUCGCAAGCCUUCCUACGUCUACGCCGCUUCCAAAACAGAAGGUGAACGAUUCGCCUUCAAAUGGGUCAAAGAGCACAACCCCCAUUUCACUCUGAACACUGUUCUCCCAAAUCUCGCUAUGGGACCUUUCCUUUCUCCUGAUUUCAACGGCUCCUCCGGACGACUUGUGCUCGAUCUACUACAUGGCAGUACCAUGAUAAUGAUGGCCGCGGGACCGCAAUACUAUGUCAACGUCCAAGAUGUAGCUCGUCUGCACGCCAUAGCUCUUCUUGAUCCAGAACUCAAGUCUGACCGAUUGUUCGCGUUCGCCGGUACUUUUAACUGGACUGAAGUUUUUGGUAUUCUACGCAAACUUCGUCCCAACGCCAAGCUCCCACCGGCUCCUGAAAAUGAAGGCCGGGAUCUUAGUGUUAUUAAGCCCGCAAAAAGAGCAGAGGAGUUGAUUAAGACAUGGUUUGACCGACCUGGUUUCACUUCUUUAGAGCAAACUCUCAAGGAAGCGGUUGAUAGUGCGGGUCUUUAG